CCUUUCUGCAUUUCUUGCCAUUAGGAUCGGCUGAGCGAUGCGAUCGCUCGCAGCCAUCGCCGCCGCCGCCCAUUAGAGACCCCCAGGUUCGGGGGAGGGAGGAGAGGAAGACUCGCCAGGAGGAAGGAAGCGCCUCGCCCCGAGAGCCGUCCAGGCAGCAGCCCAGCGACGAAGGCAGGCAUCCCGCCGGCGACACAGCCGCCCAGAGGGGAAAGGGCUCGGCUCUCGCUCCGACGCCAGAAGCAGCAGCAGCAGCCCCAGCGCGCUCGCCACCCGCCCGCCCGCUGCCGCGUCCCCCAAGAGGCCGCCCAGCUCCAGACCAAGGAAGGGGGCGCCCAGAGCCCAUCGCGCCCUGCUCCUUCUCCCAUCGCAAGAGAUCUCCCUCGUCUCCUUCCAGCGCACCCCCUCCCAGCAGCGCCUGCCAGCCCCCGGAAGGCUCGGCUCUCAUUUAGAUGCAUUGAUUUGCUGGGGCUACGGAGACGCAGAGCCGGGAAGGAAGAAGGAGAAGAGCGAGGGGGCAGCCAGCCAGAAAGAGAGAGAGAGAAUCUGUAUUAUAUUCCCCCUGGUGCUUCAUUUUAAUUUAUUUUUGACAUCUAAGCAAAGGUCUACAUCCCCACCCCUCCUCUUCCUAUCUUGCUUUUCUGCUGCGUUGGUGGUUGUGUUUUGAUUUUUGUUUCCCCUCCCGUUUUUCCUCCUUGGAGUGUCUGAUAAAAAGGGGGGGUUGGGGGGACCGAGAGAAGUGUCCGCCAGCCCGGGAGAACACAUUUCCCGGCCACCAUGGGAUGUACACUGAGCGCCGAAGAAAGAGCCGCCUUGGAGAGGAGCAAGGCGAUCGAGAAGAACCUCAAGGAGGACGGCAUCAGCGCGGCCAAAGAUGUGAAGCUGCUCUUGCUAGGGGCUGGGGAAUCCGGGAAAAGCACCAUCGUGAAGCAGAUGAAGAUCAUCCACGAAGAUGGCUUCUCUGGUGAAGAUGUGAAGCAGUACAAGCCUGUGGUCUAUAGCAACACUAUCCAGUCACUGGCAGCCAUUGUCCGUGCAAUGGACACUUUGGGCGUGGAAUAUGGAGACAAGGAGAGAAGGGCUGAUGCAAAGAUGGUUUGUGACGUUGUCAGUCGGAUGGAGGACACAGAGCCCUUCUCUCCAGAACUCCUUUCAGCAAUGAUGAGACUUUGGGCAGACUCUGGCCUCCAAGAAUGCUUCAACCGGUCCCGAGAAUAUCAGCUCAACGACUCUGCUCAGUACUACCUAGACAGCUUAGAUCGAAUCGGAGGUGCUGACUACCAGCCUACAGAGCAAGACAUCCUUCGAACCAGGGUCAAAACAACUGGCAUUGUAGAAACCCAUUUCACGUUCAAAAACCUCCACUUCCGGCUGUUUGAUGUUGGAGGUCAGAGGUCAGAACGUAAGAAAUGGAUCCACUGUUUUGAGGAUGUCACAGCAAUCAUUUUCUGUGUCGCGCUGAGCGGGUAUGACCAAGUACUCCAUGAAGAUGAAACUACGAACCGCAUGCAUGAGUCUCUAAUGCUCUUCGAUUCCAUCUGUAACAACAAAUUCUUCAUUGACACCUCCAUCAUUCUCUUCCUCAACAAGAAAGACCUGUUUGGUGAGAAGAUCAAGAAAUCACCUCUGACCAUCUGCUUCCCUGAAUAUACAGGUCCCAACACAUAUGAAGAUGCUGCAGCCUAUAUCCAAGCACAAUUUGAAAGCAAAAACCGCUCGCCCAACAAGGAGAUUUACUGUCACAUGACAUGUGCGACAGACACGGGUAACAUCCAGGUGGUAUUCGAUGCCGUCACCGACAUCAUCAUUGCCAACAACCUCCGAGGCUGCGGCUUAUACUGACCCCUCUCCCUUUUCUCCAUCCCAUCCUGUAUAGCAAGCAACUUAUUUGGAAACAAUCACAGCGAGAGGAAAAUAAAAUAAAAUAUUUGAAAAAAAAAGGCAAAACAAAAUAUGAGUCUCUCUCACACACACACAUGCAAACACAAACACAAUAAUAAUAAUAAUAUUAAUAAUGAUGAUGAAUCAUGCAAGUUGGUAAAUAAAAAGGCAUAAUGAAAAUUUUUAUAUAAAAACAUUUUUCCUUUUCCUUUUAUUUAUUUAUUUUAGUUUGCCUCAGAAGAGUACUGGGUAGCACUGAUGCCCCUGACAUCACCUUAAAAUCCUUCCUUUCUGCUAAAGUAACGUUGCCUGCAAGCCUAUACCUGUUGACUUGGGAGUAAGCCCCCAUUGAAAGCAGCAGGACUUACCUCUGAGUAGACAUGCAUCGGAUUGCAGUAGUCAUGGCAGGUAAUUCAUUGCAAAAGAUGCUUUUGGAAAACAACAAGAAAGAAAAAAGACCAUACUCUGAAUUUUUCUAAACUCGCCGUCCACAUAGCAUAAGAUACUACGUGAGUUUUAAAAGGAAUCAACUUUCUUAAAAAAAGAAAAGAAAAAAGUGGUAAUAUUAUUUUUUUAAGACUCCUUUGUGCAUAGGGUGCUUUAGGGUAUGAGCGGGGAAGGAUGGCUUCCCCUGCCCAGUUCCUGUGGAUUUUUAAAAAAGAUUUACCACCAUCUAAGUUGCUGCUGCAAUGCAUCAUUUGCCACAGGGCCGCUGAGCUUUCAGGGAUCCUCAGUUCCGUUCAGCUAUGGAGUAGUUAAAACCUAUUAAAAGGGGGGAAAUUGAGGGGGAGCUUGCAGGGAGAAAGAAACAGAAUAGGGUUAGAAUAGAGGUGACAGGCCAGCACCCUUCGUUGACCAUGUUUAUAUAUAUAAUCCUUCAGGAGUAUAAAGAAAGGGGCUGCUUCUGUCUCUGCUUCUUUAAACCAGCAUGGGAGACUGGCAAAGGGAAUUUCUAUCAGCAAUUUGAAAGUUGUACCUGAGAUAGCAUCCCUCCUACGCCCCGCAGGUCAGGUGGAAGAAUUCCCCCUCUCUCACAAACAGUCCGUGCUCAAGCUCUUUAUGUAGGAGAGAUGGUGGGGAGAACAUCCCCCAUCCUUUAUCGCAAUUUAAGUACAGCUUUUAUUUGGAUGAUUACUCCUUUUCUAAUAUAUUUGAUUCUGGGUCUCCGUGCUCCCAUCCACCCAAUAUUUAUGUUCAGACCAGGCCUCCUGUGGGCCCUCCCUCCCCCAACUCUCCAUUUCUGAUUCUCCAGCGCGGAUCCUCUUCACUAGUAGCAUGAACUUUGAGCCUUUAUAUAAAGACACGCAGCCUUCCAUAUCGCCUCGGUGUCUGAUGUCCUGAAUUUUUGGAAUGGUGGCUGUGCACUUCUGUAGGUUUGCUGUGUAAAACCUGGUUUUAGACUAGUCUUUACAUUUAGAACCUAAGACAAACAAAAAGAGAAUUUUUUAAUGAUGAUGAUGAAAGGGUAAAGAAGAGAAAUUAAAGAUUUGACUUCCUUACGGAUUUUGUUCAGAAAGGAAAGAACAGAAAGGUCUCUCCCUACCCCCGAUUCCCCUCUUGCUUUAUUUAAAACACACACACAAAACACAGAGAUCUAUAAAUACACACACACACACACACACACACAAUGGCAUUGUGAACCCAUUCUAAGAGAGACAUUUUCUAUUGGACUUGGUUCCGGUUGCUUGUUGGCACUGGUAGGGUGAAACCUUUGAGCAAGCAGAAGUCUGACCCAUACAAACCGCCAUCUUAAAUCUUGGCAGAUUCUAAUGGCCAUUAAGACGCAGACCCCAACGACCUUUCAUAUAGAGGGUUGCCAGCUAUUGGGGAUCAGCCAAGAAAGUUCAGGAAUGGCUUGCCGAGCCAACAAGGCACCCUACAUCUGUGGGAAAUGCAGCAAAAUAAAAAAUAAAAUAAAACGGAGGAGUUAUGGGCCUCCCAGUUUCCCUCUCCCGUUCUACUAUUACAGGUGCUGCUUUUUGCUCAGGGGGGAUGGGAUAAUGGAGGCAAGUCCCUUCCUUUGCCCUUGCAUCUCACUCACCUUAGCCAUGACCUUGUAGGUGGUAACAUUUAGGUGCAAAAAGAUUGUCAGCAACAGAAUCCCAGUGGGAAUUGUUAGUGGCUCUUUGUAUUUUAAUCGUUGCUGUACUAAUUGUUGCCCGCUCCAGGAAAGCGUUCUCUCCCCAAAAGCCUCUUGUCUACACGAUGAUCCGACACACCUGCCUUCAGAGUGGGCCAGGCAAGCAGAGAGGGAUGUCUCUUUAACUUUCUCGUUUAAUAAUGAUUCACUGUUCUGAAUUGUCUCGUUCACUCUCUGGAUUUGUAUUUUUAAAAAUAAUAAUAAUAAGCACAGCUGUCUUUGGCCUCCCUAAAUGCUCUUGUCUUUGACUUUUUUCCCUUCUGAAUGACACUGUGUUAUGCAUUACCAAUGUCCUUUCCUUUUUCUGUUUAAUUUUUUUUU